AAUCCUUACUGACCUCUCACACCCUGUUCUUCAAACGGAUCACAAUGUCUUCUUUCCUCACAUUCCGUUCGCCAAAUCAGCUGGCGCAGAUAUCAAGGAAAUGUGUGGCAAGACAUAUCCGUUUGCCUUCCGCAGAAAUUUCCUAGCCGAAUGGGAACGCAUUGCGUGUACACGAAAGCCCUUGAUCGCUGCCGUUUGCGGUUUCGCACUGGGUGGUGGAUGUGAACUGGCCAUGAUGUGUGAUAUUAUUUACGCAAGUGAGACAGCCAAAUUCGGACAGCCGGAAAUCAAAUUGGGCAUCAUUCCCGGCGGUGGUGGCACACAACGUCUGAUUCGAGCGAUCGGAAAAUCCCGUGCAAUGGAAUGGAUUUUAACCGGGGAUAUGUUCAGUGCUCAGGAAGCGGCUGCAGCCGGAUUGGUCAGUCGCCUGUUCCCACCGGAUCAAGUGGUCCCCAAGGCACUUGAAUUGGGUGAGAAGAUUGCUGGGUUCUCUGGUUUGACGACUCUAACGGCUAAAGAGGCGGUAAAUUCAGGUAAGCUAGGAAGUGUGCUACAUACUAUUUGUUUCGUCCCCGAAACGAAGAUGAUGUGUUACUCUCUACUGUUUAGGUUAGUUGUGUGUUUGAACGCUUUUCUGCCUGUGAAUAAGUAG